CACAGGCACGCAAGCUGCUAUUCCCGGGCUCUGAUCACGGUCACCUAUUUAUAGAGCUGGGGGGGGCCUCGGCCCUCCCCACACAGGCGGUGGAGAGGCUGCUCUGCUGCAAUGUCACCAGCGUCACUGCCACUGCAGGCUGCUGGCAUCUGCCGCUGCCGCAGGCUCCGGGGCCACCAGGCACUGUGUGAAGCAGAGACUCGGCCGGCCACAUGGGCAGCACCAUGGAGCCCCCCGGGGGUGGGUACCUGCACCUGGGCGCUGUGACAUCGCCUGUGGGCACGGCCCGCGUGCUGCAGCUGGCCUUUGGCUGCACCACCUUCAGCCUGGUGGCCCACCGGGGCGGCUUCGAUGGCGUCCAGGGCACCUUCUGCAUGGCCGCCUGGAGCUUCUGCUUCGCGCUAUCGGUCCUGGUGGUGGCUUGUGAGUUCACCCGGCUGCACAGCUGCCUGCGCCUGUCCUGGGGAAACUUCACAGCAGCCUUCGCCAUGCUGGCCACGCUGCUAUCCGCCACAGCUGCGGUCAUCUACCCACUGUACUUCACCCAGCUGGAGUGCCUACCCGAGCCCGCGGGCUGCACAGCCAGGGACUUCCGCCUAGCAGCCAGCAUCUUCGCCGGGCUUCUCUUCCUGGCCUAUGCCACGGAGGUGGCCCUGACCCGGGCCCGGCCAGGCCAGGUGGCCAGCUACAUGGCCACGGUGUCGGGACUCCUCAAGAUCGUCCAGGCCUUUGUGGCCUGCAUCAUAUUUGGGGCGCUGGUCCACGACAGCCGCUAUGGGCGCUACGUGGCCACCCAGUGGUGUGUGGCCGUCUACAGCCUGUGCUUCCUGGCCACAGUGGCCGUGGUGGCCCUGAGCGUGAUGGGCCACACGGGGGGCCUGGGCUGCCCCUUCGACCGUGUAGUGGUGGUGUAUACCUUCCUGGCUGUGCUCCUCUACCUCAGUGCUGCAGUGAUCUGGCCUGUCUUCUGUUUCGACCCCAAGUACGGUGAGCCUGGGCGCCCCCCCGACUGCCUGAAGGGCAGCUGCACCUGGGACAGCCAGCUGGUGGUGGCCACCUUCACCUAUGUCAACCUGCUCCUCUACGUCGCCGACCUGGCUUACUCCCAGAGGAUCCGCUUCGUGCCUACCUUGUAGCCCGACAGGCAGCGGCCCACCCACCUCUGCUCUCCAGGGCUCAGGCACCAUGAGGGGACCCAGCUGCUCCUGCGGAGACGGUGCCAGCUGUGAGGGCAGUGGGCGCAGGCCUCCAGACACCAUGAGCGUGGGCUUCAUCGGGGC